UCGCGGAAUAUUGCAUAUUGCUUCCGCAGCAAACGUCAAAGUUAAAACAAUUCUCAAGGGUUUUUGCAUUUCAGAGAAAAAGUGACAUUUUCAAAGCAGAUCCACGCCAGAGAAAGAAAAUAUAGGUUUCGUUCGGUGACCUUUAACUUUCGCAGUAACGACGAUCGUCGCUGCAAUUAUUUCACGGCAUCAUCAUCGUUCUAAUACGCGCCCAUGCAAUGUUAGUUGGCUCUCCCUGGCUCUCCCUCUCGCGAAGCGUUACGUUAUUUUUUUAGUGGCCACCACUUCAAUGUUGUGAUUAUUUUUGCGUCCGAUUAAACGUAUCGUAGUCGAGCAAAGGCGUGAUACGCGAUCGCAACAUGUUUUGGGCAAAUAAUUACGUGUCAUCGCCUCAUAUCGAGGCACUCCUCAACAAGGAGGAUAUUACGUUGCACGAGUUGAUGGACGAAGGAGAUAUUUUGCAAGAAUGUAGAAGCCUAAACAAGAAACUUAUCGAUUAUCUAACAAGAUCUGAUGUAAUGGAAGAGUUGAUACUACUUACAACUAAAGAACCAUCAACAGACAUAGUGGAACGUUGGCGUUACAAAUAUCCGAAUAUAGCUUGCGAACUAUUAACAUGUGAUGUACCAACUUUAAACGAGAAAUUAGCAGGAGAUGAGACACUUUUGGCUAAACUUUAUUCCUUUAUCGAAACGGACCAACCAUUAAAUCCUCUGUUGGCAUCAUUUUUUAGUAAGACUAUCGGUGUACUUGUUACUCGUAAAACUGAUCAGAACUGGUAUUCGUAUCAGUUCACUUGUUUGCAGGUUUUAGAAUUUUUGAAAAGUCGUUUUACGUGUGUUGAUUUGCUUUUGCGACACUUGGAAACCUCUGCGAUUAUGGAUUUAAUACUGAAACUUGUUACUCGGGUUGAAGGCAGUGAUACGCGACAAAAUAUAUUAAACUGGUUAAAUAGUCAACAGUUAGUGCAAAGGUUGGUACAGUUAUUAUCCCCUAGCUCUGAAUCAAGUAAACAUGCAAAUGCUGCACAGUUACUUUGUGAUAUGAUUAUUGAGACACGAGAAAAUCAACGUACAUCUGCAAAACAAACUGAUUCAGAUCCUAUUUUAAAUACCCUUGAAUCAGAAGAAACAGUGAGUCUGUUGUUAGAAACUAUCUUAAAUGGAGAAAAAUUAGAAAGUAGUAUUGUUGGAGGAAUUCAAGUACUUCUCACACUUUUAGGCAAAAAAGCUAACAACGCGUUAAACGAAGGAGAUAUUCACGGCAAUGGUAUCGGCGAGGAAGUCACAGAUAAUGAACAGCGUAUGAAAAUUUCAAAUGCAACCCUGCCUUAUUUAGAACGACUUCACAAACUCCUAUUAGAUCCACCUUACAAACCCCCCAUUAAACAAACUGUUGGAGUGUUAGAAUGUCCAUUAGGCAAUACACGUAUACAUGUAGCAAAGUUAUUCACAGCACUGAUGACAGUGGAAAAUGUAAAAAUUUAUGAGACCUUAGUAGAAUUAGGAACAUUCCAAACACUACUGGAUUUAUUUUUUACAUAUGUGUGGAACAAUUUCCUACAUACUCAAGUACAAUUGUGCCUGGCUUUAGCUGUUAAUUGUGAUUUUAAGUAUACAAAUGACAUUAUUUAUAAUAAUAUAUUUAUCGAGUGCAAAUUAAUAGAUCGAAUUUUAAAAGCGUAUGCCGAAUAUGAUGCUGAACGGCAUUCAAUCUAUGGAGAAACCAGACAGGGAUACAUGGGUCAUUUGAUAAAUAUUGCAAAUAACAUUGUUAACCAAUGUAAAAAGAGCGAAGAUUUAGAUAACUUUUUAAAGGCUAACUUACCCCCUAAGUGCCUCUACGAAUGGAACAAAUUUGUGAAUGUAUCAUUGGUAAUAAUUAAUAAAACUAAUCAAGUUGUGUUGAGCGGAGAGGCUCAACCAUUCAAAAAUAAUUCCAGUGAAAAUCCAGACGAUUAUAGUUCUAAUCCCGAAGAAGAAUUUAAUCGAAGCGAGCAAUAUUACGCUAAUUACCUGAAACAACACAUGGGACCGCAAUUUGUUGGAAAUUUUGGAUUCGACGACGACGAAUUCAAUAAAAGCGAAGGUGAUCUUCAUAAUUCGGUUGACCAAUUAACAACAUUGGCCUUCACACUCAGCGAAGAAAAUCACGAAGAGAGAGAAGAUAUGUUCAAAAAGAUUUGUCAGGAGAAACAAAACGUUGGCUUGGAAGACUGUAGCGCAGUAGGAGAAUGGGGUGACGAACUUACUUAUCAGACUGUGGUAGAUAAAGAAGACUGGCCCACGAAACAACAACAUAACGAUUCCAAUUCAUUCGACGAGGAUGACGAAGGAUGGAAUACAACUGAACCACUAUCGACUGGUAAUAAUACGCUUCCCGAAGUGAAUCCAUGGGACAGUGCACCUUCAGAAACAGUUGAACCUACUGGUUGGGCAAAUUUUGAUAAUUUUGAAAACACUCUCAGUGUAGAGAAUGUGAUAAUAGAUAACAAAUUGUGUGAUGAUAUUAAAAAAGAGACACCAGAUACAUCGGCGGAUCUAAACAAAACGGAAGAUGUAGUAGAAAAUAAAGUAACGGCGGAAGCCACUAUCGGAGCAGGUGAUGUAAAAGUCGAAGAGUCUGUUGACAGUACUCCUUUAGACACAGAAACGAAUGUGAAUCAUAAAAUCAUCGAAGAUAGUUCGUUUCCUGUUUGUACCCCUGAUAAAAAUGCAAAUCCAAGUGAAAUUUCAGAUACCAGCGAAACUACGUGCGGAGAUAACAUAAUGAACGUGGAGCUUGAAACUACUACGGUACAAAAUGAAAAGUCCUCGAACGAAUACAAAAUCUCUUGUAGUUUAGACAACGCAUCAUCGGAAGCUGUAUUACCACCAACAGAUGCCAAAUGAAACGCUAUUUCUUAAGUACGGCAUUGCAAUAGAACAAAGGAAAUCAUAUCAGUAUAAAUUUGUACGAAUGAUCAGAGUAUAUAUUACGUCCUUAUAUUUUCAUUAGAUCACAUUAAUUGUGCUUCAUUGCGUUGGCGCCUGAGCAACUACACUUUACGGUAGGUUAUAAAUACGGAAUGAAAACGUAAGAGAAAAAAACUAAUUGACGCUCAACUAUGUUUAGUGUAUUAAUUGAUAUAUUUGCAUAAGUUCUCAGGCUGCCAACGUUUCGAUUGUAGGUAUUACAUCUUUGUGAAAUACAAUUUUCCAAACAUUCUCGAUGAUAAUUGUUAUCGAUGGUUUAUUCAAAUUGUUAUUUGUACGUUAAUCGACAUAAAAAUUUGACAGUCAUACAUAUUUUUUUUUUCUGUCGAGUGUUUGGCGUUUUGCAUGAUGAACUAGACAAAAGUACAGUUUGUAUAAAGCAGGAGCCAAUAGUAGCCGAGAUUGAUCGAACUCUCGCUUGAUCGCUCUAUAUUUGGUUUCACACAAGUACUACAUACCGUUAUAUAUAUAUGUAUAUAAUACCGUUAUACAUAUAUAUAUUGUAAUGUUUUUAACGAUAUCGAUACGAGGCUCCUUAAAGAAAAAUCACCAUUAAUGAUAUUUCAUAAAGAACUGGUGCUUUUGCUUCUUCGUUCGAUAAGGCAAAGGUACUUAUAUGCAGUGCCUAUUGUUUCAUUAAAUGUAUGCUCGUACAACGAUGCGAUACAAACAAGAAAGAAAAAUUAUGUAUUUUUAUUACGUUGAUGAUAAUAUUCAGCCAAUGUAUACACACGUAAUGUAAUCGAAGUAUUUCAAUGAAUAACUUUAUUUGCAUUCCAGUAAGAAAAUUCUAUAAGAAUAAAUAACGUUAAUAGUCUUUCAAAAUGAUCUUCCAAAAAGAUAUAGUAUUAAAUUGCAGGGUCCUGAACUUAAUGUGGUGUAUGCUUUGGUUAAUAUGUGUAUAGUUUUUUAAAGGGGAAUUUUGUGAAUUAAAUUUCCUAGUUAUUCGAGAAAUUUUGUUUGCCUUAAGAGUUCUUGCUAUAGUAAUGUGUUUAUAGUACCACGUACACGAAAUAUUGUACAUAAUAAAUAAAUACAAGCAGUGUUCAAAAUUCAAAGAACAAUAUUAUUAUUAUUAUUUAAUUAAAUAUCAUUUUAAUGUGUAAGACAUGGUGUCGCUUUACAAUCAGAAAUGAAUAAACACAAUACUUAAUUUUA